GAAAGGCUGACAAACUCUGCCUAGCAAUAUACGUACUUGCUAUAGUCAAUAACUAUAUACCUACAAAGUUGGAGUGUCUAUUAAACAGAAAUGGAGAGUCGUUUCACUAAAGGCAAGUCUGCCAUCCUGGAGCGGCCACUUGCCCGAGCCAAAACAGAGGUGAGCGUGAGUGCAUUUGCACUGCUCUUUUCAGAGAUCGUGCAGUACUGCCAGAGCCGUGUAUACUCUGUAGCAGAGCUGCAGGGCCGACUGGCAGACAUGGGUCAAGGUGUUGGAGCCAGCCUGCUGGAUGUCCUUGUGAUGAGAGAGAAAAAUGGCAAGAGGGAGACCAAAGUGCUGAAUAUUCUCCUGUUUAUCAAGGUAAAUGUAUGGAAGGCUCUGUUCGGCAAAGAAGCAGAUAAACUUGAACAGGCCAACGAUGAUGACAAAACCUAUUACAUAAUUGAGAAGGAACCACUAAUUAAUGCAUACAUCUCAGUACCUAAAGAGAACAGCACACUGAACUGCGCAGCCUUUACAGGGGGCAUUGUGGAAGCUAUCUUGACUCACAGUGGCUUCCCAGCUAAAGUCACAGUGCACUGGCAUAAGGGAACCACGCUGAUGAUUAAGUUUGACGAGGCAGUCAUUGCUCGUGACAAGGCUUUGGAUGGUAGAUAAGGGGCCACGCAGUGUGAGAGAGGUGUCUGAUAAAGGGAGAAAGUUCAGCAGUGUCAGGGAGGGAGAAAGGGGUAAGAGGUUUCCUUGGCAGCUAGUUGAAAUAGCGGAGGUUCAGCAAAAUCUCAUGUCACCUGACAAACUGAGCUGAAAUGUUAAGAAUUUGUUGGCAAAAUAUGUGGCUGGAAAGUAUGGCUGCAGGUAUGAGUUAUUUUUUCUUUUUAAUGUUGACAAGAAAUGCUAAAUGUAAAUAAACCCACACUUUUUUUAAUUCUUUACAAACCCCAUUUCCAGGAAAGCAGAGACAUGUAAUAAAAACAAAGAAGUGUGUUGUAAAUUCUCUUAAUUUUUUUGCCUGGCAAAUGUACAAAGAAAUGUCUUUCAGUGUUUCAAAUUCUGAAUUUGAUACAUACAACACCAAGGUUGGGACAGGGUAAACCGUAAUCUACUGUUAAAUUUGUGUGACCUUGGAGCACUUGCAAAAAAAAAGUCUUGCUACUGUGCAAUAGCCACUUAGAAGUGCUUUGGAAAACCAUUGCCAAUUGACACAGUCCACCACUUUCCACCAGUUUUAUGCAGAAACGCUCCUUUCAGAUGGCUAAAACAUGGACAUGUGGUCAGAUGAGUCUACAUUUCAGCUUGCAUUGGAGAAAAUGAACAUUUGAGUUCUCCAUGCCGAAGACAAAAAGAACCAUUCAGACCAGUUCUUAGCUAAAGGUGCAAAAGCUGAGAUCAAUCAUGGUAUUGGGGAACAUCAGUGCCUGUUGGGCAAGAGCAAGGUGGAAUAAGAAUGGCUAAAAAAUCUUAAUUCCCAAAAAAUUAAAAACUGUUUUGUUGUGCAGGAAUCAAUUUCUAAAUGUGUUUAUAUUUACAAAAUACAAUCAAGUUGGUCAAGGAAAACACUGGGAAUUUUUUCAUUGUAUUUUUGUCAGUUAGAGACUGAGAUUUAACAAAGCACAGAUUCUUCUUUUAUUGCAUUUUACAAAUUGAUCAACUUGUCCCCAUUUCAGUUCUUGUUAAGUCUUGCAGCCAUUUGUUCUUGCACCAUAGAAACCACACACUAAUUAUGUAUAUAAGGAUUAAUAUUAAAAUGGAAGUGUACAUGUUUGAAAAUAAAGCAAAAGUUCUGAUUAUAAACGACAUCUAUCUUUAAAUUGUUUUUGUAUUUCUCUUAAUGCUUGUCACAUGCAAGGCAUUUCCCAGAUCACCCAUCUGUCUCCACGCAAACUUCUAUCAUUUUGCUAUUGCUGUUUUGUAAGAUGAUUGUUUUUUUGCGUUGUCAAGUCUUACAAGGAACUUAGAAUUUCUGUACUAUUUGACCGUUAAGCGUUUGUGUAAAUUAUUUACUUUGAAAGUGUCUUGUAAUGUUAGAAGCUAAAUGUUUGUGGUGUAUGUGACACAACAAGUUAUUAAAAUGACUAA